GUUACCUUCCACUUCCCCUGACAGACCUCAGGACUGUCCCUGAGGAUAGUGGUGUGUGGGGCAGGGUGUGUGGGUUAGGACUGCCUGGGGGCAGUACUUGAUUGAGGUGAACUUCUCCACCUGCUUGCGGCUUGCACUUGGUCUCCCUGAUACACACAAGUGAGUCUUUUCCCAGCUUCCCUGGUUGUUUGUCCCAGCUGCGUGAAGAAUCUGUUACUUCUCCUCACUGCUUGUUUCUGAAAAAGCUGGUAAACAUUAACUGAGAGAUUAGAGAAGCUGCAGCUUUGCUUCCUGGGGCGUUCAAGAGACUGCUGAGAUUGUAACACAGUCCCUAUGGUAACAGGGCCCUUUUUCUUCCUGUGUUGGGGAAGCCCAAAUCCUUCAGGUGUCCUCAUCCUUCUCUUUUACUUAGUGUUCCCCACCCCCUUGCAGCACACAGUUAUCUGUCUUGCAGAACCUCCUCAAGUCCGGGGGAUUCAAGGCUGCGGAAGGUUCCUCUGCGGCUCUGCAGGGCUGCAGCCAUGUCCUGCCCCUGGAUAAAUGAGAUCCUGAUUCUUCCCUUGUCAGCUGUGAAAGGAGCUGCCCCUGGAAUCAGCUCUCAGAUAUGCUCUGGUUUCUGGGCUGAGCGAUAAAUCCCCUGUGAUUCUAUGCACUUUGACUCUCGUGGUGGUUCUCCACUAGCAGGUGGUGAUGUUUCCUCCCUGGCAUGUUUUGUAAUAGAGCCCUGAGGGGUUAUUCACUCAAAGCCUCUCUAUCAUCUGGGCAAAUGGUAUCAAAGCUAAGCAUCCUACCUCUGAGUCGCUGAAACCAGACUGCCUACAGCAAAGACUGUCACCAGUAGCAAACUGGGUUCAAGUGAUGCCUUUUGUGAUGAAGAUGCAUCGUUUUCUCUGCUUGGUAUCGUUAAUGCUGUUGAGAGGAUUACUAGGAGCUGAGAAUUUAACCAUCAGAAGCCUGGGAAAAUGAGUUCAGCUGCCACUUUAACUUUUAGAGAUAACAUAAGGCUACGGAAUCUAAAGAUAGUUUAUGUUUUUACAUUGUUUGAGUACUAUUUGAUUUUACUCAGGCUAGAUGAGGACUGCCAAGGGGAUACACGUGAGUAAAGACUAGGCAAGAAUUUGAGAGUUGUACUUCUGAGCGACGUUGUUAUCUUAAAAUGUUCACGUGCUUUGAGUCAGCAUUCCACUCUUUUUACCAAAUACCAUGAGGUGAAGAAUCUGGCAUGUUUAAUUUUUCCUUCAGCCAUGGGUGGAAAAAUUUCACAGUUCUGGAAAACAUCUGCCCAAAAGGAGAGCGAAGGGAAGCUGAUCUUACCUGGGCAACUGGAUGCUGAAGAUGAAAUCGCCAAUUAUGCGAGCAUCAACGGAGGAGAUUCUGCUACACCCGGCAUGCUUGGUGCAGGCAUCUUACGUCGAAGCUACGUCAAUUGCCCAACAUGCCAGGGAACAGGAAGGAUCCCCAGGGAGCAAGAGGAGCAGCUGGUGGCACUGAUUCCAUAUGGUGACCAGAGGCUGAAGCCCAGACGAACGAAACUCUACGUAUGUCUUGCUGUGACAAUCUGCCUGCUGAUGACAUCUCUCAGUAUCUUCUUCCUGUUUCCUCGCUCCAUUACUGUGCUGCCUGCAGGGCUGAAUGCCUCCUCCAUUGGUUUUGAUGUCAAUACCACCAGUAUAUACCUCAAUAUGACAAAUGUGCUGAAUAUAACUAAUAGCAACUUCUACCUGGUCACUGCUGUGCAACUAGACAUAGAGGUUUUGCACCAGUCCCUGGUAGUAGGGAAGACCAAUGUGAAAACCCUGCUGAAUGUCAGCCCUUUGCAGAGCGGCCAGAUCUAUUACAUGGUGGCCAGUAUUAUAUCGGAUGACAACACUUAUAACAUUUGCACCUGGACAAAAGUCAGAGUUCACAAUGUUCUGCUGCACCUACAGGGUACCCUGACCUGCACGUACCUGUGUCACUCGGAGCAGGUGGCUUUUGAAGACUACCAGUACGUGGACUGCCGGGGGAACGCUACGUUACCUCACGCACUGUACCGCCGCCCACCGUGACAGGGCCAGGCUGGCAGAGCUUUUGGGUGCUGGGCAUUCCAUCACAAAGGCAAGUUGUAGGGAGACAAACUCGUGGGGCUGCUUCUCAACCCAUGCCUUAAGCCAGGAGGCUUGGUGUUUGCUGGGCAAGGCUCCCAUCUCCCUUGUGAAGAUGGUAACGUACUGGGACUGUACUGCCCCUAGACUGCAGCUUUUUUUCUUUCAGUUCCUUAUCAUGGCUGACCCUACAGCUGAGUGGCCAGAGGAUGGGGUGUCACACUCUGCCAUGUUUCACUGCUCCAUCAGAGGUGGUGGCCAAUUAGUCUAACCCUACUUGUUUCUUCCUUGCACAAUUUUGUACUGAUGUCCUGAAUUUAAUAGUUCACAACUUGCAAAGGGACUGGGGUGAGACGUGGCUGGAUCACAUCUGUAUCACCAGUGUCUGACACUUGCACAACCUGUUCCAUGGGAGCAAGAAACAGGACUGAUGUCUCUUAUAUUGUUUUUUUUUUCUCUUAAAAAAACUCACAACCUACUGCAUAUCGUGCCAAAACACCACGUGAGAGUGACUCUGAUACCUGCUGUUUGAGCUCUCUGGUGUAGGAGGCAAGAAUGCAAUGCCUUGAUUUGUCUUUUUAUACAUAAAUAUAUAUUUUAAAAUAAGAUCAUC